AUGGACGCUUCUCCUGCGGCUUUGAUAAAGGCUCUGGUCCCCAAAAUCCCGUUGCUGGGUAAGACCGCAUUCUCCCAUACUCUAGGUUUUUCAGAGCAGUCGAGCAAAUGGGAUUUGCGGACUGCCAUGACUAUCAACGUCAUCCGCUCCUUCAUCAUCGAUACGCCACCAAGUGCAAUAUCGAAAACUCAGAAACUAACUCUGAGAGAUCCGGGAGUAAAGGGCAGAAUGUGGAUUAGUAGGACAACUUUGUCGACGCCUAAGGAGGACGAUGUGACGCAAGCCCUAUUUUCCGCAAUUGAGACCAUGAAAGAGCCAGGUGCACCACGGGGAGGGUUCAAACAUCCAUCAAUGGUGCCAGUAGAAGCAGAGUGGACGGGCUACCGGUCUGGAGCAACAAAAGCAUCAACCGAGCUUAGGAUCUCAGAGAAAGAGAAAUAUAGAGAACUAAUGAAGGAAGCCACCUCUUCAACUACAGUCCUCUAUUUCCAUGGAGGAGCAUAUUAUCUUAUGGAUCCUUGUUCGCACCGUGUUACUUGUAAGAAACUGGCCAAAUUAACGAAAGGCCGAUGUCUUUCGGUCCGCUAUAGACUUGCUCCCCAAGCUGCUUUUCCAACUCAGCUUCUCGACGCUCUAGUGUCAUACCUCAACCUCUUAUACCCUUGCUCGGAUGCCUUUCAUGACUCUGUAAAACCAGAACAUAUUGCAUUUGCAGGCGACUCAGCAGGUGGAAAUCUAGCACUUGCACUCCUACAACUCCUGCUAGAAUUCAAACGACAGGACCGUAAAGUCAUGUGGAACGGUGCUGAGAGAGAAAUCCCUCUCCCAGCAGGAGUAGCUACCGCGUCAGCAUGGUGCGAUAUAACUCAUUCAUCUCCCUCAUGCUCUACAAAUCGACAUUACGACUAUCUCCCUUCUCAUCAUGAUGUGCCUGCCACUGGUCGCGUCUAUCCAGCAUGCGAUAUAUGGCCGACCAACCCGCCUCGAAAACAACUAUACGCAGACGACGCAGUCCUCACACAUCCUCUAGUGUCUCCAAUUAUCGCAAAGUCCUGGGAGGGUUCUUGUCCCAUCUACAUGCAAACGGGCGAAGAGCUCUUAAGCGACGAAGACAAAUACGUCACUUACAAAGCAGCGAAGCAAGGUGUUCCUGUUGUGUACGAGGAAUAUGAAGCGAUGCCUCAUUGUUUUGCGAUGCUUCUUGAGGCUCUGCCUUCAAGUAGGUUGUUUUUCGAUCGCUGGGCAGGAUUCAUUUCAGAUGUCACCAAUGGACGGGAAGUCGUCACCAAGGGGACCUUGAUAAGGGCGAAAACUAUGGCAGAAGAGACUGUGGAUCUGGGGAAGCUGAGCAGUUUUACUGAUGAAGAGGUUUUGGGGAGGAUGAACUCAAGAGUGGAGAAGAUGACGGCACAGAAACCGGAUCAGAUUUCGAAGCUGUAA